AUGCUGCACAUAAACCAGCGAAUGCGGCUUGUAACUUUAUGCCUUCUGACUUGUAUAAACAUCGUCUCCUCUGCUUCGGAGACAACAACAACAACAACAACAACAACCAUAUACUCAACUUCGACGGUGGCGCCACUGCAAAAAUCUGUGCCGGAAGCAAACCUAACCAUGGGAGUCGCCUCGCCUGAAUUCUACCAAGACGACGACGAUCCUGACUUUACAGUGGAAACGUUCGUCACCAUUUUAGUGACUCUGCUGAUUAUUUUGACCAACUGUACAAUCCUCGUGGUAGCAGCCUGGACAGAGGCGUUUACCAACUUCAACACAACCUUUAUCUACUCGCUGACGCUGGCCGACUUGCUGAUCGGCAUCUUCAUAACCCCGUACUCCAUUUUCCUGUCAGUCUACAGAAAAUGGGUCUUCACCAGCGACAUGUUCUGUAGCGUUGAAGCCUACGCCUACACGGUGCUGAUCAUGGCCAAGAUGUACUCGCUGACCUGGCUCAACGUGGACCACUACGUGGCUGUCCGCAAGCCCGAGCGGUAUGAGAUGAUGAUGUCUUCAACCAGGAGCCUCUGUUGGAUCAGCUUCUCCUGGAUGGUGGCCAUCUCUUACUGCUGCCCUCUUCUGUUUUCAUUUGAGUCUGCAACGUUCAGCGAGUCUACGUUUGUCUGCAUGGUGGACAGCACACAGAAGAUCGCCUACACGUUGACAGCUUGGGCUUUGGCUUCAUUGCCUAGUGUCAUGGCUCUCGCUGUGACCAAUGCUUAUCUCUUCACCAAGUCCUUUAAACGCAGGAUCCAGUUUUAUGAGAAAGUAUUUGUGGACCUAUCUUCUCGACCACGCAACUACCAGAUCACAUUUGUUAUGUGUGCACUGUUUGCUGUUGUGUGGACUCCUUUUCUCAUUGUCUUCUUGGUCAAGGAAAUAACAGAGGCAGAAGUCAGCCACAAACUGCAGUUCUACUUUUUCUGGCUGGGGGUCAGCUCCAGCUUCGGGCAGUUCUUUGUACUUCUGCUGAUGAGCGGAAACUUCCGACUGGCGCUCUGGGAGCUGUGUCAGUUCCCUGGAUUUUGUACAGUGUUUUAUGGAGAUUCACACACAGAACCGAUUGAUGUCAAUGUCAUUACUCUACCCAAGAAGCGGUAA